GCACGGUGCGCUUGCUGGUUGCUACCGCCGCGCGUUUCCGGAAAGUUGCAACGUUUUCUGAGCUCAAGAAUUGCGGCAGAGAGAUCCGGAAAAAAUGAGCAUAUGGAACUACGUCGUCACGGCGCACAAGCCCACUAACGUCACCCAUUCCUGCGUCGGCAAUUUCACCAGCCCUCAAGAGCUCAAUCUCAUCAUUGCGAAAUGUACCCGUAUCGAAAUCCAUUUGAUUGCUCCACAGGGCUUACAGCCUAUGUUGGAUAUUGGUAUAAUUGAUCCUGAUUGUAGAUUAAUUGGACUUCAUUUAUAUGAUGGGCUGUUUAAGGUUAUUCCUUUUGAUAAUAAAGGGCAGCUCAAAGAGGCUUUUAAUAUAAGGCUUGAGGAACUUCAAGUUUUGGAUAUCAAGUUUCUAUAUGGUUGCUCAAAGCCUACAAUUGUGGUUCUAUAUCAGGAUAACAAAGAUGCCCGUCAUAUCAAAACAUAUGAGGUUUCUUUGAAGGACAAAGACUUUGUUGAGGGACCUUGGUCCCAAAACAAUCUUGACAAUGGAGCUAGUUUGCUUAUACCUGUACCUCCACCUCUCUGCGGUGUUCUUAUCAUUGGAGAAGAAACAAUUGUUUAUUGCAGUGCUAAUGCAUUUAAAGCAAUCCCAAUCAGACCUUCUAUCACUAAAGCUUAUGGAAGAGUUGAUGCUGAUGGUUCAAGGUAUUUGCUUGGUGAUCAUGCUGGGUUCCUUCACCUGCUUGUUAUAACCCACGAGAGAGAAAAAGUUACCGGACUCAAAAUUGAGUUCUUGGGUGAAACGUCUAUUGCAUCUACCAUAUCAUAUCUUGAUAAUGCAUUUGUCUUUGUUGGCUCAAGCUAUGGAGAUUCACAGGUAUGGUAGACAUACAUUUUGUU